AUGAGUGGUCCGAGGAUGGAGCGGGCGAGCCGGCGCGCGAAGGCGGGUUCGCUGAGCGGGCUGUCUGGUGGGCUGGGUGUAGUGGGCGCGGGGGUCGCGGGUAGCGCGGGCGUGCGCAGGCAGCGCUCGCUGGAGUGGACCGGCGACCGGUACAGCAGCAGCGAUGACGAACGCCCGACCCAGCCCCCCAAGAUCGCUGAUAGAGUGUUCGCCUCGCUCCUCGCUCAAGCCACCCAGCAAUUUGACAAUGAACAACGUCGAAUUUACGGUUCUGAGAACGGAGAAGACCUGCCGCGAUACAUCAGCAGCCCCCAACGACAAGCUUCACCAUUCCCUUUAGAAAGUACCAAUCGACGAUUUUAUAGAAGAAACCGGAAUUCUAAAGGCGAAGAGGUAUUCACUGCAGAGGCAGGCGGGACUCUAUCGCGCCGCAACCGCCGCCCUGAGGACUUCCCGCAUGAUACCGCUAGCCGAAAUCCUAGGAAUUGCCAUAUAAAUGGGUCGUCUAGUGGUGGUCAGAACAGUGAACGCGAGUGCGACUCUCCACCGGAGCCGGCACCGCCCGAAGUUCCACCUCGCGGUCCGUCCUUGCACGUCACACUUCGACAUAGAACCACACCAUGCGAUCCGCCAACUGACUCUGAUCGCCUCUUCUUGUCUGAAGGUAAGUGA